AUGGUGAAGGCACACUAUCAUAAUUCCUCCCACAUUUUUAUCGGCGCACUUUUCCUAAGCAUCUCUACGACGAAGUCCUCACGCUAUCUUACAACACAGAGGAAACGUGUCAUCAACAUCUCCCGAGACAUUGGACCCGACACUGUGGAGCAGACACUGGGCAUCCUUCAAGUGACGGCAGUUGGCAGGCUCUGCACACGCAGAAUGUCCGGGCUACGGCCGUUAGUGAGACAAGUGACAGACAUAGGUCAUAUCAUCUCACUGAUAUUCCUAAUCACAGCCACGACUUCCGGGACACACGCUACUUCAGAUGUAGCCACACCCGGAAUAACAGUAGCCAAAACGGCUGCUGUAACAACUGCAACAACAACCCCUGCAGUGCAAAACACAACUAGCACAACCAUUCCGGAGGCAACACAAAGUUCUCUGGACGUAGUGACGCUCACUGAAACAGAAGUGCCAGCCGCGCCACCAGUUAAAGAUUACCGCUACGCUACGAACACAAGUCCCCCUGCUGAGAUAACCACUGCAGAACAACAGGCGAAUUUAAGGGUGUACAGCCCUCAGAUACUGGGUUUUACCGCUGCUUGUGUCAUCUUAACUGGGAUUGUGGGAGCUGUCGGAAACCUGUUGGCCGCCUUGAGUCUCCUGAACAGCCGACAACUCCGCCAGAGUCCCUCCACAGCUUUCAUGGUUAACCUUCCGGCCUGCCUCCUGCCCGUGUGCGUCGUGGGGCUACCCAUGUUCGCCGUGGGUUGCAUCCAGAUCCAGUGGUAUGGGAGAGUCCUCAUGCCGGAGUGGGUGUGCAUCUUCGGCUUCGCUCUCGGCCUCACCUUCAGCCAGGUCCACCUCCAUACCCUCUGCGCCAUCGCCUUCAACAGAUUGGUGGCAGUGGUUUGGCCGGCAAAAUACAAGCGACUGAUGCAAGCAAAAGUCGUGAAAGUGUACCUGGCACUGUUGUGGUUUUACUCCGCCUUGCUGUGGCUGCCUCUCACCUUCGGGGGUCCCGGCAGACUGGUCUAUGUCCCCAAGGAGCUAAUGGUUUCCAUGAAGGACGACUCUCCUCGCAAGACUGGAAAAGCUUUUCACGUGUUCCUGACUUACCUUCUGCCCAUCAUGAUAACGAGUGUGUGCUACAUCGUCAUGUAUUUUAAGGUACGCCAGACCCGGAGACGGCGACCGGGCGCGCGCACGAAGGCCGGGGACGAAGCCAACCUCAGCGAAGGGACGAACGUGAUGCGCCAGUGGGACGACCACGUGACCCGCACCAUCCUGGUAAUCUUCGUGCUCCUGCUGGUGUGCAGCGUGCCCCACCUGGUGAUCCACGUGCUCCACCUCCACGCGAAGCAUCCCCAGGCCUGGCUCCUCCUCCACGUCGUGUUCUGGCUGCAGUUCAGUCUCGAUCCCAUCAUCUACGUCCUCAUGAGCCAGCAUUACCGGUUGGCUUGUCUUGAGUUCUUGCAAAAGGUCUUUCCUGGGAUGAACACCUUCCGCGUCAGUACUGAAAGCGACAGGUACAAUCCCAAGACAGAUAAUUCCAACCAGUUUCUGCAGGGAACGAAGUACGAGGUGAGACACUCGCAGAGGCCAGACUUCGGCGAGGAGUCCAAGAAUCCAAUGCUCAUCCCGAGUGAGUCGGUGUAGGCUGCCUGUAGUAGUCUUUUUACUUUUGGAAAUGUAUAUAGACUUUUCCGUAGAGUACAAAAUGGUGGUGUUUGAAUCUAAAGAGACUAGUAUAUCUAAUUAGAUCGGACAUUCUGUAUCUACAGGAAUUAGUUUUCUUUUGGUGUUGGUGUUAUUUGUUUGUACAAGUACAAAUACGUGUUGAUGUUAUAUAUAUUAUAAACUAUUUUCAUGUUGAUGUCACAGAUUGCUUAUUUAGCGUGAUGCUCUUUCUGUUGGUAAAGCCUUUUCAUGUGCAAAUGACUCAUAUACACAGUGUGUGUAUAUACGAUUAACGAUAAUCAGUAUUAUGAUUGUGAUAUUAAUGACCAACAUGUGUUUCCAGGGAUUAACCACACGACAUUAUCUAUAACGUUACCUGCCAUUGUUAUAAUUCGACUUCCAAGCAUAUCCUUGAAAGACUGAAUAGUGGGAGAACAUGGAUGUCGGGUAGUUCUCUGGAAAGCCAUGUUGCGCUUAGCUAGUCAUUGAGGACAUAACUCCCACAGGGCAAAAUGAAUUCGUGUGUCCUCUUUAGUGUAACCCGAUUCUCAGAUAAUACACAAAGACACACCUUUCUGUCAGGAAUGAUAAAUGUUAGAGCAACACUGAACAGUAGUUCCCUCCACUGGAGGGUUGUAGCCUCAUCCUCACAGUCUUAGUUUACUUAGGUCAGCUCAUGAGUGGAUUUAUACAUUCUGCUGGCACUGUGUGACGAAGCUUUGGCUGAGAUUGCUGCAACUUCUGAAUUAUGGAAUGUUUAACUGGCCGUCAAGAAUUUACAAUUUACCAGCGUGGGCGGCGCAGAGAAAAGUUUGGGAACCGCUGUUAUCAAAUAAUAAUCAGCUCAGUAGAGUCAUAGUGCUUUUAUCAGUCCUAUCCCAUCUGACUAUCCUUAAGGAUGGUGUAACAUAAUAUCAUUUAUAAUCAACCAUUUAACUAUGUACAUAAUAUGUAGUGUCUGAUAUUAUGUAGUGUUAGGCUCGUACUGUCGUAAAUAGCCACUUAGGGACAUUUUGUGUUGUUAUGCUCAAUUUUAUCAAUAUAUAAUUUCUCUCGGAUUCUGUCGUUGGCGAAUACGUAACUGAUUUGCAUGACUGAUCAAAUUUUCUCCAGUCCAAUCCCCUCACAGCUGAUCCUUAUAAAAACAAAUUUAUGUAGAAGAUAAAGAUUCCUUCUUGGGAGCGAAGGGUGCUACGAGUGUCAAGGAGAAAGCAUUGAGCUGAAAAUGCUAAUUUCUUAUGAUAAUUAGCAUGAUUCGGUAUGAAACAUUUUCAAGAAUAAAUGUAUCAUUAUAAAA